AUGACGGUCAAAGAAACACUGAAUGGCCACCGUCAGGAACCGCCACUAAAGCGGGCGGAAGAGGUCCAGGAGCUCCUCACUGCUGUCCAAGAGCUCAUAGUUCCCUUCAUACGAGCUGCUGACGAGGAUGCCGACGUAAAACACACCGGACAUGGUCUGGCAAUUCCAGGAAGAGGAGAGGGACCGCGAACGGCACUCGUCGAGCAACAUCCACCUGCCGAGCUCAAGUCUCUGCUGAAGUUGAACAUCCCGGAGAAAAGAGGUGGAAAAGAGGAGCUCAUAUCUCUAGUAGAGAAAGUGCUUCAGUAUUCGGUGAAUACUUGGGACCAAGGAUUCAUGGACAAGCUCUAUGCUUCGACCGAUGCUGUUGGCCUCGUUGCCGAACUUCUCCUUGCGACGCUCAAUACCAAUGCCCAUGUAUAUCAAGUCUCGCCCGUACUCACCUUGGUCGAGAAGCAUACGACCAAGUAUCUGGCCAACCUCUUCGGACUCGACUCGGAGCAUAGUGGUGGCAUAUCACAACCCGGAGGCAGCGCCUCGAAUAGCACUGCCAUGGUCAUCGCAAGGAACACUCUUUACCCCGAAACCAAGACAGACGGCCUAGGCGGGCGCAGGUUCACCAUCUUCACCUCGGAGCACGGCCACUACAGUCUGGAGAAAGCAGCUCAGAUCAUCGGCCUCGGAUCCAAGAACGUCAUCUCCGUCCCCGUAGACGCCAGCGGGCGACUCAUCCCCACGGAACUGGAACGACUCGUCAAGGAGAGCAAAUCCCGAGGCGAAACGCCCUUCUUCAUCAACGCCACGGCCGGCACCACCGUCCACGGCUCCUUCGACCCCUUCGAAGCCAUCUCUCCCAUCGCCAAAGCCCACAACCUCUGGCUCCACAUCGACGGCUCCUGGGGCGGUUCCGUCGUCUUCAACCCUACCUACCGCGCCUCCCGCCUUGCGGGCUCCCACCUCGCCGACUCCAUAACCAUCAACCCGCAUAAGAUGCUCGGCGCCCCAGUGACCUGCUCGUUCCUCCUCGGCCGCGACCUCCGGCAAUUCUGGUCUGCCAUGACGCUGCCCGCGGGCUACCUCUUCCACAACUCGCCGUCCGCCUCCGUCAACGACAUCUACGACCUCGCGGACCUGACUCCGCACUGCGGCCGCCGCGCCGACAGCCUCAAGUUCUUCCUCGCCCUCUCCUACCACGGCGCCCAGCACUUCUCCGACCUCGUCGCCACCGGCUACCAAAACGCAGAGUACCUCCUCGCCCUGCUCGACGACCACCCGGACUUCCUCACCAUCAGUCCCGACCCCGUGCCCUGCCACCAGGUGUGUUUCUACCUCGCGAGGGGGGGUCUCCUGGGCGAGGAUGCAGAGGAGAACGGACGGGUGACGGCGGCGGUGGCGCACGGCGUCAUUGCGAGGGGAUUCAUGAUUGACUUUGCGCCCGGGGAGAGGGGCAAGUUCUUCAGGGUCGUGGUGAAUGGGAAGACGAGGAGGGGGACGCUGGACGGGCUGGUCAAGGCGCUUGCGGAGGUGGCUGCUGAGUUGGGGUUUUAG